AUGGCGACUAAUGAUGAUUUGAAGCGUUUGGAAGGCACACAAGAUACGAAAGGUGGUUUAUUCAUUCGUAAAAAGACGGAGAGUAAUAACGAGUUGUUUAAACAUCCCGGAAAGUCACUUCUCGGUUUGGAUGUCCUAGCAAGGUCUCGUGCUCGAAAUGAGGUAAAUUCCCGGAAGCGUCGAAUUGAAGACGGUUCACCUGGUGGCCUUUCGGAGAGCGUACACAAGCAAAUCGCCGCUUAUGUAAUCGAAAAAUACAAAGGAGAGAAACGCGGAAUUUAUGCGGAUACGAGGAAAAAUGAGUCCAAGCAAAGAAGCUGUCAUCAUAACGAAGGAAGUUGGCAAAAGCAUUCUAGAGACAAGAAUCCACGAGAUAGAGAUGCAGAAACUCCUGUUUUUAAGGCACCUGACACUCCUUCACGUUCAGCCUGGGAAGAGGAUGAUUCGGGGCAGAUAUCAAAAAGGUACCAUUCAAGCUGGGAUACACCAACUUCAUCUGGUCGUCAUGAUAAUACACCUUCAACUCGUAGCGUUUCGAGCAUUUGGCAGAGUGAACGAAAUCGGAAACGACAAAAGCACAAUAAGAAAAGAAAUCGAGAGGAUACUAUUCGUUCGGUCAAGGAGGAAGGAGAGUUAGUUCCAGAUUUUCGCAAUGCUUUUGAAAGAGCGGAAUGGGAAAGAGAACAACAAAAAUUGGAUCGUGAUUGGUACGGCAAUGACCAAGGCUAUGAUGACGAAAACAAUCCAUUUUCUCAGGUUUCCCAAGAAUAUAUAGAAAAAAAAGAAAGACAAUGGCAACAAAAACGUGAGAAGCCCCGUCUUACGGUUCGUCAACAACAAAUCAAAAAAGACAACAAAAUGUGGGAAAAUAAUCGAUUGGCAAGAUCAGGUGUUGUAUCACUUACUGAUGAUGACGAUUUCCUCGAUGAUGAGUCGGAUGAAAAUCGAGUAACACUGCUGGUGCAGAAUGUCGUGCCGCCAUUUUUGGACGGUCGUUUUAUAUUUACAAAACAAAAUAAACCAGUUGUUCCUGUGAAGGAUAUAACUUCUGAUCUUGCUGUUGUUGCUGCUAAAGGAAGCAAGGUUGUCCGAAUGUGGCGUGAUAAAGAAGAGCAAAAAAAAGCACAAGAGAAACAUUGGGAUUUGGCAGGAUCAAAAUUGGGGAAUUUGAUGGGUGUUAAAGUAAUACCAGAUGAGAUAAGCAGUGACGAUGCUGGGAUAUGUUAUAGAGAAUCACAACAGUUUGCAUCUCAUUUGAUCGAGUCGGGAGCUGUUUCGGAUUUUGCAUUGAAAAAAUCCAUCAAAGAGCAACGGGAAUAUUUGCCCGUAUUUGCUGUAAGGCAGAAAAUGCUCAGUGUUAUUGCAGAUAACAGCGUUGUUAUUAUUGUAGGUGAAACAGGUAGCGGCAAAACAACACAGUUGGCUCAGUAUUUACUCGAAGAUGGCUAUGCUAAUUUUGGUCUAAUUGGUUGCACACAACCACGACGUGUAGCAGCAAUGUCGGUAGCAAAGCGAGUUGCUGAAGAGAUGGGAGUUGACUUAGGCCAGGAAUGUGGAUAUGCUAUUCGAUUCGAAGAUUGCACUUCUGAGAAUACAAGAAUCAAGUAUAUGACCGAUGGGAUUUUGCUCCGAGAAUGUUUGAGUGAUCCAGAUUUAGAUCAGUAUUCUGCCAUCAUUAUGGACGAAGCCCAUGAAAGGUCACUGAACACAGAUGUGUUAUUCGGCCUUUUGCGAGAUGUCAUGGCCCACCGAGCUGAUCUCAAACUGAUUGUUACUUCAGCUACUAUGGAUGCUGAAAAAUUUGCUAAUUUCUUCGGUGGUCAUACUCCUUGUUUUACUAUCCCUGGUCGCACUUUUCCGGUUGAAAUAUUUCACGCUCGAACACCUAUGGAGGAUUACGUCGAUGCUGCAGUGAAACAAGCCGUAAGGGUUCAUUUGGGUGGUACAGAUGGAGAUAUAUUGAUAUUCAUGCCUGGACAGGAAGAUAUUGAGGUUACAUGUGGAAUGAUCAAGAAUCAGUUGGAGGAACUAGAUGAAGCGCCACCGCUUGCUGUAUUGCCAAUUUAUUCACAACUUCCAAGUGAUUUACAAGCAAAAAUAUUCCAAAAAGCUCCAGGUGGCAUCCGCAAAUGUAUUGUAGCAACAAAUAUCGCGGAAACAUCGUUGACUGUUGAUGGCAUACUUUUUGUUAUUGAUCCUGGCUACUGUAAGCUGAAAGUUUUCAAUCCUCGCAUUGGAAUGGAUGCACUUCAGGUUUUUCCAAUAUCUCAGGCUUCAGCUAAUCAAAGAUCUGGUCGAGCUGGUCGCACGGGUCCAGGACAGUGUUUUAGACUUUAUACUGAGAGACAGUUUAAGGAGGAAAUGUUGGUAGCUACUGUACCAGAAAUUCAAAGAACAAAUCUUGCAAAUGUGGUUUUACUGCUGAAAUCUCUGGGAAUCGAUGAUUUGUUGAAAUUUCAUUUCAUGGAUGCACCUCCUCAGGACAACAUGUUGAAUAGCAUGUAUCAGCUAUGGACACUAGGUGCUUUGGAUAAUAUAGGUAGACUUACUGAUUUGGGUAGAAAAAUGGUGGAAUUUCCAUUGGACCCAACUCUUUCUAAAAUGCUGAUUGUGUCAGAAGGAAUGCAUUGUAGUGAUGAAGUGCUUACAGUCGUCUCCAUGCUUUCUGUGCCUGCUAUAUUUUUUCGUCCUAAGGGACGAGAAGAGGAUGCUGAUGCAAAAAAAGAAAAAUUUCAGGUACCUGAAAGUGAUCAUCUUACAUUCUUGAACGUCUACUUGCAAUGGAGACUCCAUAAAUAUUCGACGAAAUGGUGCAAUGACAACUUCAUUCAUACUAAGGCUAUGAAGAAAGUUCGGGAGGUUCGUGCUCAGCUGAAAGACAUUAUGGAGGAACAGAAAAUUGAACUAAUAUCAUGCGGUACGGACUGGGAUGUCAUACGAAAAUGUAUUUGUUCAGCCUAUUUUCAUAAUGCUGCAAGGCUGAAAGGAAUUGGAGAAUAUGUUAAUGUGAGAACUGGAAUUCCCUGUUUCUUGCAUCCUACAUCCGCGCUUUUCGGAAUGGGAUAUAUGCCAGAUUACGUUGUGUAUCACGAACUGAUCAUGACAGCAAAAGAAUACAUGCAAUGUGUAACAUCAGUUGAAACACCAUGGUUAGCUGAACUUGGACCUAUGUUCUAUUCCUUAAAAGAAGCUGGUUCAAGUAGAAUCGAGAAAAGGCUGCAAAGUAUGCAUGAUGCUCGGAACAUGGAAGAAGAAAUGAAACAAGCAACAAGCAGAAUGAAUGAAAUAAAAAAAACGGAACAAGAAAAGAGUCAUUCGGCUCGUUCAGUUUCAUCAGCACAGAUAGCAGAACCUGGAAAAGUCUAUGCAUCUGUAAGAUCCUCGGAAAGGUUUGGGAUGUAG